UUAAAUUAUCAAAUGUUGAUUAAUGUAGUUAUUUUUUUAGUAAAACACUAUUUGAUUUGCAAAUUUUGUAUAAGAAAAUUUUCUUCUUAACGUUUUCCUUUUAAAAAAUAUACUGCCUUUUGAGCGCAAAGUUUCUUGCCUUUUUGAAACCCAAAAGCCAAAAGUUGGUUUUGUUUGAUUUUGUUGCUUUCUCAAGUCAAAGAAACGUGCUUUUGUUUUCGUGUGAAGCAAAUAGUGCCUCUCUUUUCUUCCUAUAUAAUCUCUACCGAGCCAGAUAGUUUAUUUGUUCAGCUUUAGAGGGACUGUGAGUGAUGGGUUUUAAGAUUCUGGUCCCAACCCCUUUCGCCUCUUGAGCUAAUUGAAAUUUUGUUCCACUUUGAUAAGUUGGUAGCAUCUGUAAUAAAAAAAUUUCUUACUUUUAUCCAUGUUCUUUUCUUCUUUUCCUCAUGAGUUAAAAUUGUGCUUAUUUUCCUCUUACAUGCUGAAUCUGAACAUUUCCCCCCUUUCUAACACUAUUGAGAAAAAAAAAUACAGAUAUAAUCCUUCUAAAAGGAGAGAAAAAUGUCUAGUGGUUUUGGAGCAUGCCACUGCUAACAUUUUAUAUGGUUUGCAGAAGAAAAAAAGUGUAUUAUAAUGCUAAUUUUUCUUGGAUAUUAUGCUUUAAACAUCCUAGGAAGUGGGAAAAUUCAUGUUACCCAAUCUACCGUGGUUUUUUUUUUUCAAUAGGUCUUCAACGCUGUGGGAAGAGCUGCCGGCUAAGGUGGAUAAAUUAUCUCAGGCCGGAAAUCAAACGAGGCCCCUUCAACAAGGACGAAGAGCAACUCAUCAUACAGCUUCAUGGCAUGCUCGGAAACAGGUGGUGGGCUACCAUAGCUUCUCAGUUGCCUGGAAGAACUGACAAUGAGAUCAAGAACUUAUGGAACACGCACCUGAGGAAGCGCCUUAUCGCCAUGGGGAUUGAUCCACAGACACAUGAGCUUCUUGCCUCUAACUGCUUAAAUCACAACGCAUCUGCUUCCGCGGCCACUCGUCACAUGGCACAAUGGGAGAGUGCCAGGCUUGAAGCUGAGGCUAGGCUUUCCAGGGAGUCAUCACUCUUCAGCCAUGCUCCAGAGAAAUCUGAGUCUGACCAUUUUCUGCGCUUGUGGAACUCCAAUGUUGGAAAAUCAUUCAGAAAGCUUACGUCGGAUAAAUUUGUGUGCCAAAGCCCCAUUUCUCAGGCAUCUUCGUCGACCAAAUGUGGAUUGCUGUCAGCCGUGACAACAGAAGUUGGCAACAACUUAACAGGGUCACCAACCAUGGCAGGCAAUCAAAAUGAAGAUUUGGCAUACAGACCUUUCUUGAUCAACACUGAAGAUGUAGAAUAUAAACCCUUCCAGUUCAACACUGAAGAGGAAGGGUACAAACUCUUCCAGUCCAACACCGAAGCAGGGGAAUUCAAGAUCUGCCAGUCUAACACUGAAGACAGGAUGGCGGGGUCUGUCUCCUCGUGCUCAAAUGAUUUGGAGAACUCAUCGGAUACUGCACUACAGCUGCUCCUGGAUUACCCAAUUAACGAUGACAUGAGCUUCUUAGAAAACAAUGCGGAUGACUACGCAACAACCCCUGCGAGGUUGGCGCCCAAUUCUUUCAUUUGCCCCCUCUGAAUCAGGCGUCGAAACUUCCUUGUAUUCGAACUGCUGCUCGAAUUUUUGGUGGUGGUUUUGUAUAAGCCGUCGAUUUAGUUAGAGAGCUAAGAUGAAGGGUCCUGUGCUUAAUUUUUGGCUUACAGUUAGCGGCAGUGCUGUUACCAGUUAGUAGGGUUUCCACAACAAACCUAGUUUGUUCAGGAUCCAGUAUAUAUAGUACAUAGAGAUUCCUCAGUCGUUUGAGACAUAAUUAACUAGUUAAAUCUUGCUUACUUCGUCUCUAAUGGCAUAUGUAAUUUAGAUGCUAAUAUGUACUGCGUUCCAUGUUUUUUUGUUA